AUGAGGGGUAAGAACCACUACACCGAUCUCAGUAGUAAUGUCGGUGUCUGCGCUUCUUGCCUCCGCGAACGCCUCUUUCCUCUCGUUGCUGCUCACGAACCACAAGCUCAACAUCCAGUGGUUCCACGAUCUGCUUCUCCAUACAUCAGUCAACGUAAAUCCGAUUAUUCCAGCCCCUCGAUUAACACUAAACAUAAUAGUGAUCGGAAUCAUCAUCAUAUCCUUCCGGAUCAACGGUUUUUUAGCACACCGGAUGUAGCGCCUGUCACCGGAAGUUAUAAUUCAGGUCAAAAGAAGAAGCACAGUUUAUUCCGGUUCUCGUUGUUAUCGAAUUUGUUCAGAUCUAAAAAACGAAACGAGAAUUCAAACCCUAGGUCUCGCGGGUGGUGA